AUGGACGGUGCCAUGGGACUGCGGGUGCUGUUGUGCAUGUGCCUGGCGUCCUUUUCCAUCCUGCAGGCCUUGCCGGCUCGGGCUUCUGCUACAGGCAGGCCCAGGGGCAGCGAGAAGCAAAAUGCAGUGGACACAGUUGACGGUGUGACCAUUCGAAGUUUGAAAGUCAACUGCAAAGUUACUUCCCGCUUCGCCCACUAUGUCAUUACCAGUCAGGUGGUCAACAAUGCCGACGAGGCCAAGGAGGUAGCCUUCGAUGUGGAGAUCCCCAAGACAGCCUUCAUCAGUGACUUCGCCAUCACGUCAGAUAGAAAUGCAUUCGUCGGGACUAUCAAGGACAAAGUGGCGGCGUGGAAGCAGUACCGGAAAGCCGCCAUCUCGGGCGAGAAUGCAGGCCUCGUCCGGGCCUCAGGAAGGACCAUGGAGCAGUUCACCAUCCACAUCACCAUCGGGCCCCGGAGCAAGGCCACGUUCCAGCUGACCUACGAGGAGGUGCUGAAGCGGAAACUCGGCCAGUACGACAUUGUCAUCAAAGUCAAGCCCAAGCAGCUCGUGCAGCAUUUUGAGAUCGAUGUGGACAUCUUUGAACCCCAGGGGAUCAGCAAGCUGGGUGUCCAAGCCCCCUUCCUCCCCAAAGACCUGACCCAUACCAUCAAGAAGUCCUUCUCAGGGAAAAAGGGUCACGUGUUUUUCCGCCCUACCAUGAGCCAGCAGCAAUCCUGCCCCACGUGUUCCACAUCCUUGCUGAAUGGGGACUUCAGGGUGACCUACGAUGUCAACCGUGACAAAAUCUGUGACCUUCUGGUGGCCAACAACCACUUUGCACACUUCUUGGCACCCCAAAACCUGACGAACCUGAACAAGAACCUGGUUUUUGUGAUUGACAUCAGUGGUUCCAUGCAGGGCCAGAAAGAGAAGCAGACCAAAGAGGCACUCCUUAAGAUCCUGGGGGACAUGCGGCCAGAUGACCACUUUGACCUGGUUCUCUUUGAGUCUCAAGUACAGUCGUGGAGGGGGUCACUGAUGCAGGCGUCCCCAGGCAACCUGCAGGCGGCUCGAGACUUCGUGCAGCGCUUCUCUGUGAAUGGAGCCACAAACUUGAAUGCAGGUUUGCUCCAGGGAAUUGAGACCUUGAACAGAGCUCAGCAAAGCCUCCCAUCACUCAGCAACCAUGCCAACAUUCUUAUCAUGCUGACAGAUGGCGAGCCCACUGAGGGGGAAACGGACCGUCCCCAAAUCCGCAAGAACAUCCAAAACGCCAUCCGGGGCAGGUUCCCACUCUACAGCCUGGGCUUUGGUGACAAAGUGGACUUCAACUUCCUGGAGGCCAUGUCCAUGGAGAACAAUGGACGGGCCCAGAGAAUCUACGAGGAUCGUGACGCCACACAGCAGCUGAAGGGCUUCUACAACCAAGUCGCCAACCCUCUGCUGAUGGACGUGGAGAUGCAGUACCCCCGGGACACCGUGACGGCGCUAACACAGCACCAUCACAAACAGUACUACGAAGGCUCAGAGAUCGUGGUGGCUGGACGCAUCGCUGACCAUAAACUGGGCACCUUCAAGGCCAACGUGCGGGCCCGUGGGGAGGGCCGAGAAUUUCAGACAACCUGCCUGGUGGACGAGGAAGAGAUGAAGAAGCUGCUCCGGGAGCGCGGCCACAUAUUGGAGAACCACGUGGAACGCCUCUGGGCCUACCUCACCAUCCAAGAGCUGCUGGCCAAGCGCAUGAAGGUGGAGGGAGAGGAGAAAGCCAAUUUGUCAGCUGAAAUCUUGAAGAUGUCCCUAGACUAUCAGUUCGUGACCCCACUGACCUCCAUGACCAUCAGCGGCAUGGUUGACCAGGACGGCCUGGGGCCCACCAUCGACAAGCCCCAGGAAGAUGACCAGCCCUCGGAGUUGGUGGGACCUGGAAGGAUGUUUAGGCUGCCUGCCUUCCAGCCUUCCCCUACUCACACCAGCCCCCUUGGCCAGCAGUUGCCAGACCGAGUGACUGGCGUGGACACUGACCCUCACUUCAUCAUCCGCGUGCCCCAGAAAGAGGACACUUUGUGCUUCAACAUCGAUGAGGAGCCCGGUGUGAUCCUGAGCCUCGUGCAGGACCCCGACACAGGUUUCUCUGUCAACGGGCAGCUCAUUGGCGACGAGGCCCACCACACAGGCACAUAUUUUGGGAGACUGGGGAUCGCAAACCCUGCAACGGACUUUCAGCUGGAAGUGACUCCUCAGAACAUCACCCUGAACCCCAGCUCAGGGGGCCCUGUCUUCUCCUGGAGGGACCAGGCUGUACUACGACAGGACGAGGUGGUUGUGACCAUCAACAAGAAGCGGAGUCUGGUGGUGUCCAUGGAUGGCAGGGGCAUCUUCGAGGUCAUCCUGCACAGAGUGUGGAAGGGGAGUGCCAUCCACCAGGACUUCCUGGGCUUCUACGUGCUGGACAGUCACGGGAUGUCAGCCCGGACACACGGGCUGCUGGGACAAUUCUUCCACCCCUUUGAUAUUGACGUGUCUGACAUCCGCCCAGGCUCUGACCCAGCCAAGCCAGUUGCCACAAUGGUGGUGAAGAACCACCAGCUGACAGUGACCAGGGGCUUGCAAAGAGACUACAGCAAGGACCCACGGCAUGCGGCUGAGGUGACCUGCUGGUUCGUCCACAACAGUGGUGCCGGGCUGAUCGACGGGGUCCACACAGACUACAUUGUCCCUGACAUCUUCUGA